AUGUCUGGAUAUAGCAAUGGAUGGGGAAGUGGCGGCGGUGGAGAUUAUGGAAGCAACUCAUACUCUGGAGGUGGUGGCUACAGCUCUGGUGGAUAUGGUGGAGGCUCGUAUGGUAGUAAUGGAGGAAGCUAUGGCGGUGGUGGUGGAUAUGGAAACGGUGGUGGUUAUGGCAGUGGUGGUAAUGGAAAAGCUGCGCUCGGAAGUACUUUGAGGAGCAUAAAUUGGGAAGAAGAGUAUAAGACUCUGCCUAAAUUCGAAAAGAAUUUCUAUGAAGAACAUCCUGACGUUGCUGCGCGCACUGACGCUCAGAUUGAACAAUACCGUCGAGAAAAGACACUCACCAUUGCCGGAACCUACAUUCCCAAACCAGUCCAAACAUUCGAAGAAGCUGGUUUCCCAAAUUAUGUCCUAAAAGAAGUCCAGUCGCUUGGGUUUACUGCUCCUACCGCAAUCCAAUCUCAAGGCUGGCCAAUGGCACUCUCUGGUCGUGACGUUGUCGGUAUUGCAGAAACUGGAUCUGGAAAGACAUUAGCGUAUGUCCUCCCUGCCAUUGUCCACAUCAAUGCUCAACCCUUGUUGAAGCCUGGUGAUGGGCCUAUUGUCUUGAUCUUGGCUCCUACUCGUGAAUUAGCUGUACAGAUUCAACAAGAGUGUGCCAAGUUUGGACAUUCUUCUAGGAUUAAGAAUACUUGCUUGUAUGGUGGUGCUUCCCGUGGUCCACAAAUGAGGGAUUUGGAACGUGGUGUGGAGAUUGUUAUUGCCACUCCUGGACGUUUGAUUGAUAUGAUUGAAAGCAAAAAGACCAACUUGAUGCGAGUCACAUACCUUGUCAUGGACGAGGCUGACCGCAUGCUUGAUAUGGGUUUCGAGCCUCAAAUUCGAAAGAUUGUCGAUCAAAUCCGCCCAGAUCGUCAAACUCUCAUGUGGUCUGCCACUUGGCCAAAGGAAGUCAAACAAUUGGCUCGUGAUUAUUUGAAGGAGUUCAUUCAAGUCAACGUUGGUUCCAUGGAAUUGUCAGCUAGUCACAAUGUGACUCAAGUGUUGAUGCUAUUGUCUGAACCUGAAAAGAAGAGCAAAUUGCUUAACUUGUUAGAAAAUAUCGAAAGGGAAGGCGGUGGAACCAAAACUCUCAUCUUUACGGGCACAAAACGAGUUGCUGACGACUUGACCUUCCAAUUACGACGUGAUGGUAUCAAUGCGUUGGCUAUCCAUGGUGAUAAGAAACAAAGUGAACGUGAUUGGGUGAUGGCUGAAUUCAAAUCAGGAAACGCCGGUAUUUUGAUUGCUACAGAUGUCGCUGCUCGUGGUUUAGACGUCAAAGACAUCAAGUACGUGGUCAACUACGAUUUCCCAAAUAACAUUGAAGAUUAUGUACAUCGAAUUGGUCGUACUGGUCGUGCUGGAGCCAAGGGCACAGCAUACACCUUCUUUGCUCCAGACAACUACAAGUCUGCUAGCGACUUGUAUAAGAUCAUGUCUGAAGCUGGUCAAGAAAUGCCGCCAGCCUUUGUCGAUAUUGCUCGAGUAAAGGCUUAUGGUGGUGGAGGUCGAUCACGAUACGGUGGAGGAGGAGGAGGCCGAGGUGGUGGAUACGGCGGUGGUUAUGGAGGUGGAGGUGCUCGUUACAAUCCUUAUGGCAGACGUUAA